AUCUCCUGAUGAACUAAACUCUUGGGAAAUAAAUUAUGAGGAUACGGCACGUGGUGUUCUGCCUGCUCGCACUGGUUUAUGGCGCCGAAACUUCCGACGAUGAUCUCGACGAACGGACAAAUAUCUUCAUCCGUGAUAAACUGAUUCCGGCGUUGAAGCUUGCAGAAGUGACCAAGGUGAAUUUCACACGAUUACACUUAUGCCAUUGCUCAAGGGAAGUUGGAUGCAACGCGAGGACUACCGGAUGGGUGCCUGGAAUCGAGUUCCUUAAUGAGACGGAUCGCAGUUUUUAUGAGAACACGUGCUACACGGACGGAAGCUGCUACCAGAGCGCUCGGCCGUCACCCGAAAUCUCACAUUUCGGAUGCAUGGACGAGAAAUCUGUGACCGACGAGACCGAGUUUCACGAUACGGCAGCGAAAGUGUGCACGAACAACACGAAAGACCCGCACGCUACCGUCUGGAUUUGCUGUGAUAAGGGAAAUUUUUGUGCGAACGAGACGAUCAUCCACUUGGCGCCAGGCCCGCAGCAGUCAUCCACGUGGCUGAUUCUUACUAUCCUCGCCCUGCUCACGUUCAUCGUGCUCCUGGGCAUUGCAAUUUUCCUCACCAGAAAAUCAUGGGAGGCGAAAUUCGACUGGUAUAUAAGAUUCAAGCCAAAACCUGGAGAUCCUCUACGCGAGACGGAGAACAAUGUACCGAUGGUUACAAUGGGCGACGGUGCUGGAAGUUCUGUGCCAGAAGUUGCUCCAAUCGAGCAGCAGGGAAGCACAAUGAGCACAUCUGCAGGGAACUCGUUCCCUCCUGGAAUCAUGCCUAAUAACAUGAAGGAUAUGCUUGAUGUACUCGAGGAGACAAGUGGAUCUGGUAUGGGUCCAACUACACUUCACAAACUCACGAUUGGUGGACAGAUCAGGUUAACUGGUAGAGUUGGAUCCGGAAGAUUUGGUAACGUGUCACGUGGAGACUACCGAGGUGAAGCGGUCGCUGUGAAGGUUUUCAAUGCGCUCGACGAGCCGGCGUUCCACAAGGAGACGGAGAUCUUUGAGACGCGGAUGUUGAGGCAUCCGAAUGUGCUGAGAUAUAUUGGAAGUGAUCGGGUUGAUACUGGAUUUGUAACAGAACUUUGGCUGGUGACAGAGUAUCAUCCCAGCGGGUCCUUGCACGAUUUUCUGCUCGAGAAUACGGUUAACAUUGAGACGUAUUAUAAUUUGAUGAGGUCGACGGCAAGUGGACUUGCGUUCCUGCACAAUCAGAUUGGAGGGAGCAAAGAGUCCAACAAGCCAGCGAUGGCUCACCGGGAUAUCAAGAGCAAGAACAUCAUGGUCAAGAACGAUCUGACGUGUGCCAUCGGAGAUCUCGGUCUCUCGUUAUCCAAGCCAGAAGACGCGGCAUCAGAUAUUAUUGCCAAUGAGAACUACAAGUGCGGUACUGUUAGAUACCUUGCACCGGAAAUCCUGAACAGUACGAUGCAGUUCACCGUCUUCGAGAGCUACCAAUGUGCCGAUGUCUACUCAUUUUCUCUAGUCAUGUGGGAAACCCUAUGCAGAUGUGAAGAUGGAGAUGUUCUGCCGAGAGAAGCGGCCACAGUGAUCCCAUAUAUUGAGUGGACCGAUCGGGAUCCACAAGACGCUCAGAUGUUUGAUGUGGUUUGCACGCGGAGGCUCAGACCUACAGAGAAUCCUCUGUGGAAGGAUCAUCCGGAAAUGAAACACAUUAUGGAGAUUAUCAAAACGUGCUGGAAUGGCAAUCCGAGCGCCCGUUUCACCUCCUAUAUUUGCCGCAAACGAAUGGAUGAACGGCAGCAACUGUUGCUGGACAAGAAGGCAAAAGCUGUGGCCCAGACGGCAGGGGUGACAGUUCAGGAUCGGAAGAUUUUGGGUCCCCAGAAACCGAAAGACGAGUCACCGGCAAAUGGUGCUCCGCGGAUAGUUCAGAAGGAGAUUGAUCGAGAAGAUGAGCAGGAAAAUUGGCGGGAAACUGCAAAAACUCCCAAUGGACACAUUUCCAGUAAUGACGACUCGUCACGCCCACUUCUUGGUUAGAGCCCAUUUUAUCUUCGUUCUUAGGCGCCAAUAUAUCAAAAUUAUUAUAAUUAUUAUGUUCUAUAUACUACACUUAUCACCUCUCGUGACUUCCUCCCACCCCCAUAUCGAUGAUCUCAUUUCUCUUCCUCAACCACUAACUGUCUGCUACCUAUUUCUUGUUUAUUAGCGGGUGCAUUAUGCAGCUAAUUGUCCGGCGCCCCAUCAUUCUAAAAGAGACUCCUCACCGUGUACCUCAGAAAAACAUAAAAAUCUUGUGAUAGGUAUGUACUGCAUAAGCUUUAUUACCCUCCCCCGAAACUUUGUAGUUUGUAGUUUACCCUGUUUUUUUUCUGUACCAUGAUUUCAAGUGUUUUUGAAAUUUUAUUUUGUUUUUAUUGUUAUUAUUAUUACUAUUUUCAAAAAAGGAGAAAACACAUUUCAAUGCAAAAACUGAAAAUGAAAAUAAAAAAUUUGAUUU